CGUGAGGUAGCUGCGUGAGGCAGCGCGGCGGGGCCGGGCCGGCGUUGAUGUCACCGCUGCGGCGGGAGCUGCCGCCGCCCCGGGCCGCAGCAGCCGCCCCUCUGCGCCCGAUGGAGCGCGGGUAGGCGGCGAGGGCCAUGCGGCUGCUGCCUCCGCCCGGUGCCCACUGGUGCCCGUGGGGCUGCGCCGUCCGCCGUGGCGGCCGGGCAUGGUGGCGCCUGAUGCGGGCGGUGCGUGCGUGAGCCAGCCCUCAGCCCGCCGGGCCUGCUUUUGUCCGCGCCGGGAGCAUGUGGGUGAACCCCGAGGAGGUGCUGCUGGCGAACGCACUGUGGGUGACGGAGCGGGCCAACCCCUACUUCAUCCUGCAGAGGAGGAAGGGACACGGCGGCGAUGGCGGCGGCGGGGGACUGGCGGGUCUCCUUGUGGGUACUCUUGAUGUUGUGUUGGACUCCAGUGCCAGAGUGGCACCAUACAGAAUCCUCUACCAAGCACCAGACUCCUUGGUCUACUGGACAAUUGCAUGUGGUUGCUCGAGGAAGGAAAUCACUGAACACUGGGAAUGGCUGGAACAGAAUUUGUUGCAAACUCUUUCAAUCUUUGAAAAUGAGAAUGACAUAAAUACGUUUGUCAGAGGAAAAAUACAGGGCAUCAUUGCUGAGUACAACAAAAUCAAUGGCAUCAAAGAGGAUGAGGACACUGAAAAAUUCAAGGAAGCCAUAGUGAAAUUUCACAAGCUGUUUGGGAUGCCAGAGGAAGAGAAAUUAGUGAACUACUACUCCUGCAGUUACUGGAAGGGGAAGGUUCCCCGUCAAGGCUGGGUGUAUCUCAGCAUUAAUCACCUUUGCUUUUACUCUUUUCUCAUGGGCAGGGAAGCAAAGUUAGUUAUCCGUUGGGUUGAUAUCACUCAGCUUGAGAAGAAUGCUACACUGCUCUUUCCUGAUAUGAUCAAAGUGAGCACAAGGUCAAGUGAACAUUUCUUCUCAGUAUUCCUUAAUAUCAGUGAGACAUUUAAACUAAUGGAACAGCUUGCCAAUAUAGCUAUGCGACAGCUUUUGGACAAUGAAGGAUUUGAACAAGACAGGUCAUUACCCAAACUGAAAAAGAAAUCCCCCAAAAAAGUAUCUGCUCUAAAACGGGAUCUUGAUGCCAGAGCAAAGAGCGAGAGAUACCGUGCAUUGUUCCGACUUCCCAAGGAUGAGAAAUUAGAUGGACACACAGACUGUACUCUUUGGACUCCUUUCAACAAAAUGCAUAUUUUGGGUCAGAUGUUUGUUUCUACAAACUACAUUUGCUUUACUAGUAAAGAAGAGAACUUGUGCAGCCUUAUUAUCCCUCUUCGAGAGGUGACAAUAGUGGAAAAGGCAGACAGCUCCAGUGUGCUGCCCAGCCCACUGUCAAUCAGCACAAAAAACAGAAUGACAUUCCUCUUUGCCAACUUGAAAGACAGAGACUUCCUUGUACAGAGGAUCUCAGACUUCCUGCAACAAACCACUUCAAAAAUAUACUUGGAUAAAAAUAUUUCUGGAAGCUAUAUCAGCUCAGAUGAUGAGGUGUUUACAAGGUCAAGUAGUUUAAUUUCUGCCAGCCCUCACAAAAGCCUGAGCUCUGAGUCGGAGGGAGAGCGACAAUUCAACCUCAAUGAUAAUGGUAUUCCAACAGCAACUCAAGCUUUAAUGACGAUGUAUCGGCGCAGGUCACCUGAGGAGUUCAACCCUAAGCUGGCUAAGGAGUUCCUGAAGGAACAGGCCUGGAAGAUUCACUUUGCUGAAUAUGGCCAAGGGAUCUGUAUGUAUCGCACAGAGAAAACAAGAGACCUUGUGCUAAAGGGCAUUCCAGAAAGCAUGAGAGGGGAACUUUGGCUGCUCUUUUCAGGAGCCAUUAAUGAAAUGACCACUCAUCCUGGCUAUUAUGAGGACCUAGUGGAAAAAUCGAUGGGAAAAUACAAUCUUGCUACAGAAGAGAUAGAGAGGGAUCUGCACCGCUCCCUUCCAGAGCACCCUGCAUUCCAAAAUGAGAUGGGUAUUGCUGCUUUAAGGAGAGUCUUGACAGCUUAUGCUUUCAGAAAUCCAAACAUAGGAUAUUGUCAGGCUAUGAAUAUUGUCACUUCAGUGCUCCUCCUUUAUGCAAAAGAGGAGGAAGCUUUCUGGCUGCUGGUGGCUCUGUGCGAGCGUAUGCUGCCUGACUACUACAACACAAGAGUUGUUGGAGCAUUGGUGGAUCAGGGUGUCUUUGAAGAGCUGGCUCGUGACUACAUUCCACAGCUUUAUGACUGCAUGCAGGAUUUGGGUGUAAUCUCCACCAUCUCUCUGUCCUGGUUCCUCACUCUUUUCCUCAGUGUAAUGCCAUUUGAAAGUGCAGUGGUAGUUGUGGAUUGUUUCUUCUGUGAAGGAAUAAAGGUGAUAUUUCAAUUAGCACUCGCUGUCCUCGAAGCUAAUGUAGACAAGUUGCUUAACUGUAAAGAUGAUGGAGAAGCCAUGACAGUCUUGGGAAGAUAUUUGGACAGCGUAACCAAUAAGGACAGUACUCUUCCUCCCAUUCCUCAUCUUCACUCCCUGCUCAGUGAUGAUGUAGAGCCUUAUCCUGAGGUGGAUAUCUUCAGGCUAAUCAGGUCUUCCUAUGAGAAAUUUGGAGGUAUCCGGGCAGAUUUAAUUGAACAAAUGAGAUUCAAACAAAGACUGAAAGUCAUCCAAACCCUUGAAGAUACUACAAAGCGCAAUGUGGUACGAACUAUUGUGACGGAGACUUCUUUUACUAUUGAUGAACUGGAGGAGCUAUAUGCGCUUUUCAAGGCAGAACACCUGACGAGCUGCUACUGGGGAGGAAACAGCAAUGCCACGGAGCGGCACGACCCCAGCCUGCCUUACCUGGAGCAAUACCGCAUUGACUUCGAGCAGUUCAAGGGCAUGUUUGCCCUCCUCUUCCCCUGGGCCUGUGGGACUCACUCAGAUACCUUGGCUGCCCGCUUGUUCAGGCUUCUGGAUGAAAAUGGCGAUCUGCUCAUCAACUUCCGUGAAUUCGUCUCUGGACUAAGUGCAGCAUGCCAUGGAGAUCUUACAGAGAAGCUGAAGCUACUGUAUAAAAUGCAUGUUUUGCCUGAUCCAUCCCCUGAGCAAGAAGAGCCAGACUCUGCUUUUGAAGCUACUCAGUACUUUUUUGAGGACAUCACACCAGACUGUACACAUGUUGUUGGCCUAGACAGCAGGAGCAAACAUGGAGUAGAUGACGGGUUUGUUACAGUGAGUCUGAAAACAGACAAAGGCAAGAGGAGCUCACAAGAGAAUCGAAAUUACCUGAGAAUGUGGAGCCAAGAGAAUAAAUCCAAAGCAAAAAACACAAAGGACUUACCCAAGCUGAAUCAGGGGCAGUUCAUUGAGCUGUGCAAGACAAUGUACAACAUGUUCAGUGAAGACCCCAAUGAGCAAGAUCUGUACCAUGCCACUGCUGCCGUGACAAGCUUGCUGCUGGAGAUCGGGGAGGUUGGGAAGCUCUUCAGCAUGCAGCCCCCCAAUGACACAGACAGCAGUAAUAAUUGCAGCAAAGCCAUUCAGAGAGAGCUGUUCCUGAAGAAGGAGCACCAUCAGUACCCCCUGGAACAGCACAAGGCGUUCCGGGGCAGCCUCGUGUCCAGUGAGGAGGAGGCCGCUGGCACCGACAGUGCCCUGGGCAUGCAGAUGGAAGACAUUAAGCUGGAAGACUCUUCUCCCAGGGACAAUGGAGCCUGUUCUUCCAUGCUCAUUUCGGAUGACGACACGAAAGACGACAGUUCCAUGUCCUCCUACUCGGUGCUGAGCGCAGGCUCGCACGAGGAGGAGAAGCUGCACUGCGAGGACAUCGGGGAAGACACAGUUCUGGUGCGGAGCAACCACACCCCUGCCCUCCGCAGGAGCACGAGCAUUGACAGGGACUGGGCCAUCACCUUUGAACAAUUUUUAGCCUCCCUUUUGACUGAGCCAGCGCUGGUCAGGUACUUUGACAAGCCUGUGUCCAUGAUGGCUAGGAUUAUUAAUGCUAAAAACAUCAGGAUGAGGGGUAAACCAAUAACCUCGGCCAGUGACUAUGAAAUCUCUACUAUGUCGGGAUAAAUGGCAAUCGGGUUUUUUAUUUAAUUUUUUCUUUUUAUUCUCUAUUUAUUAGUACCUGGCAGAGGCCCUGGUAUUUUCAAAACAUAGUUGUUUUCACUAAUGUGAAAAUGUUGGGGUGCAAACAUAACUAUCUUCAAGUAUAAUCACUCUUUCUGUGGGAAAUGUUACACAUGCAAAUUUUAUUCAAAAUACAGAAAAAAAAUGCUUGUCAGUGAAGUGUGUGUAUUAUUAAUAUUGCUGUCAGUGUAUAAUGGUAAAGAUUAGUUAUUAAUUUCUAAAUGUAAACUUAGCGCCAAUAUUUAUGAGAAUUUUUAAAAUAGACAUAUAUAGAGAUCUGAUGUUUGGGGAAAAAAAAAAAAAAGACAAAAUGGGAAGAACCUAAAAUUUAAAGGGACACUGUCAACCUGAAAAGGACCUCGGAUGAAAAUAAGUUCCAGGCAACAUCCUUGAAGCAUAACUUUAUUUAGUAUAAUUUUUUUCCAAAGAGGCUUUGAACAUAUGCUUUGAUUUUACUUUUCUUGAAUGUAUGAAAGACCACUCCUAACUUCUCUGCCUGAGACUGGUAUGCUCAAGUGAAAGUGAGGAGUCCAUCCCAACCUAGCUGCCACACAGGCAAAUGUGAAUAAAUGUGAUGGUUUCUGCCCAUUUGCCUUUCCCUGGGUUCAGCAGAGAGAAAACCCUUUCCCAGCUGGGGCCACCAAAGGAAGAUCUCCAGCAUGACCCUGCCCAGGGCUGGAUUCCUAACCAGUGGACUUGGAAGCUUUGCUGGUGUUUUCCAAACACAGUGUAUGCAGGUCCCAGAACAGAUUGGUAGAGUCUCUUUUCAAAAUUUGAAGUCUGUUUUUAAAAGCUUAGGAAAAAAGUAUAUAUAUCUGCUUCUAAGGCUGGAUCUACAGCAAAUAUAGCUUAGUUCUUUCAACUAACCUUUGCCACCAACCUAUUAUAUCCUUGUUAGAUUAAGAAAAUAAAAGUCUGUAUUGCAUAAGUCUUUAUUUACUACAGUGUAAAGCAGCAGUAAUGAAAAAAAUCUGGAAAAUAAUGUAACUGAAUGUUUAAAUCUUACUGAGAACACUGUCACUUUAUAUGAAAUGAAUAGUAUCCUGUAUUGACUUACUGAAUAAUAACGUUAAAAUGAAAACUGGAGCACCUGCACUUUGAAUCCUUGUUUUUUUUAUACAGGUAUUUGGGAUUUUUUUUUUUUUUUAGGUUUUGUUAGCUGUUUUUUAAUUCAUAUUUGUUUGUUUCAGGAUCAUGCCUACAUGCCUAAUCUUUAUUUGCUGUUUUGAGAAUAUUUUCUGUAGAAUACUGUUGAUUUUUAUACUCCUGUAUAAUACUGCAUCCACGUAACUUGCAGAUUUUUUUAGCACAAGCUAUGUUUAAUUCUUUUGUUUUAAAAGAAUGCUUUUGAACUGUCAGAUUAAGUGGUUUUUAACACAAAUAGGUAAUGUGAACAAAUGAAAGUACACUCUGCACAGAUUUGAUUUUUAACUAUUAAA